AUGUCUGCUUUUUUGUUUUGUAUUAAGUCAGUCAUUUCGUAUGCACUAUAGCAAUUAAAAACAGGUGUAUAAAAACACCCGAGUGUUUACUAUGCUAUUAGUAUACUAACAAAUUCUCCCUUGCAGCUUCAGACUGGUAUCUAUAGACUUACAGUUCAAAUACAGCACCUGAGUAAACCAAGUAGUUCUUCUAUGCAUAGCUCACCUUCUAAACCCAGUGGGGCAUGAAGGGGAGGUAGGUGGUUCAGUGUGUGGAAGCUGCAAGCAAGUAGCCCCUUUAUUCAUUGAUUCUUUUUCUCAAAUAAUGGAGUUCAAAUCA